UGUAUCGAUCUCAGUCGACAAGAAAGAGAAUCUCCGUUUGGAUGGGCGUGUGAGGGGGAUGGCUGCUGCUUUGUAAUUCUCUGCGGUUGGAAAACUCCCUCAUUGUCCAAGUUUAGCGCCUUCCUGCCCCUCCCCUGCCACUGCCGCUCUCACACAGCCGCGCAUGGACAAGUAGCCUUCAGCUAAUCGAACCAGCCGGGGAUUUUGAACCGCGCGACCCCAAUGACUCUUCUGGAGAAACUUGGUGUGGUCGCUGCACUGCAGUGAAAGGGUCUGACUCGGGGCUCUUCUCGCCGCUCCCUUUGUCGAAGUGGCCUCCGCCAAGUUGAAACUCCGCUUGGGGGAGCGGGACCCGCCAUGGCCCAAGGCUCGGGGAGUCGAGAACCUCCGUCCCUGGCUGCUCCCAAGGGCGAGGAAGACGCGGAGAUGUCUUCGGAGCCCGGAUCGUUUGAGAUGUCUGCGACGUCUCUAGGGAGGAGAAGGGAACGGAGGAGCGGAGUCUCGCUAACCGGGACCGCCGCCGCCGCCGCCUGUGAGCGCCUUCCCAGCACCCUGGCAACCGACUCAGACGCCGGGCUCCUUGAAGCGGCCCGGGCGACCCCUCGGAGGAGCAGUAUUAUCAAGGAUCCUUCAAAAUGUGGGCGCAAGAAAACAGUUUCCUUCAGCAGCAUGCCCUCAGAAAAGAAAAUAAGUAGUGCGGGUGACUGCAUUAGCUUCAUGCAAGCUGGCUGUGAACUGAAGAAAGUCCGGCUAAACUCUCGUAUUUAUAACAGAUUUUUUACUCUUGACCCUGACUUGCAGGCACUUCGCUGGGAACCCUCUAAAAAGGAUCCUGACAAGGCAAAACUUGAUAUUUCUGCGAUAAAAGAGAUCAGAUUAGGGAAGAACACAGAAACAUUCAGAAACAAUGGACUUGCUGAUCAGAUUUCUGAAGACUGUGCCUUCUCCAUAAUUCAUGGGGAGAAUUAUGAAUCUCUAGACUUAGUUGCCAAUUCAGCAGAUGUGGCCAACAUUUGGGUGUCAGGUUUGCAGUACCUGGUUUCUCGUACCAAGCAAUGUCUGGAUUUGAUAGAGAGUAGCCAUAAUACCCCACGGUUUACUUGGCUUACAUCUGUAUUUGAAGCUGCAGAUGUUGAAGGCAAUGGGAUUAUGUUGGAGGACACCGUUGUAGGAUUAAUAAAACAGCUGAACUCUGCCUUAAAGGAGUCAAAGAUCAGAUUGAAAUUUAAGGAGAUUCAAAGGAGCAAGGAGAAACUAACAACUCGUGUAACAAAAGAAGAAUUUUGUGAAGCAUACACAGAGCUUUGUACAAGACCUGAAGUUUAUUUUUUGCUAGUACAGAUAUCUAAAAACAAAGAAUAUGUAGAUGCCAAGGACCUCAUGCUUUUUUUAGAAGCUGAGCAAGGGGUUGCAUGUAUCACUGAAGACAUUUGCCUUGAUAUCAUUCGUAGAUAUGAAUUUUCACAGGAAGGGCAGUUGAAGGGUUUUCUUGCAAUUGAUGGAUUUACACAAUAUUUGUUGUCCCCAGAAUGUGAUAUUUUUGACACCACACAUAAAAAGGUUGUUCAAGACAUGACCCAGUCUUUAUCCCACUAUUAUAUUAACUCAUCUCACAAUACCUACCUGAUAGAAGAUCAGGUCCGAGGGCCAGCAGAUAUCAAUGGCUAUAUCAGGGCACUGAAGAUGAGCUGUAGAAGUAUCGAACUAGAUGUUUGUGAUGGGCCAGAUAAUGAGCCCAUAAUUUGUAACCGUAAUAAUAGGGCAUCACCUUUGUCCUUUAAAUAUGUAAUUGAAGUAAUCAACAAAUUAGCCUUUGUUUCUUCAGAGUAUCCUCUUAUUCUCUGCUUGGAAAACCACUGCUCCAUGCAGCAGCAGAAGAUCAUGGCUGAAUAUAUGAAGAAGACUUUUGGGACCAAACUCUACACUGAUACACCACUACCAUCAGAAACAUAUCUCCCAUCUCCAGAGAAACUGAAAAUGAAGAUUAUCAUCAAAGGAAAGAAACUGCCUUGUGGUAAAGAUUUAUUAGAAGGAGAAGUCACGGACGAAGAUGAAGAAGCUGAAAUAUCUCGCAGAAAGUCUCAAGAAUGCUUAGGGGAUCCAAAAAUGUCCUGGUUAUGCAAAGAGCUUUCCGACCUUGUAACUAUAUGUAAAUCAGUACAAUUCAAGGAUUUUGAGAACUCAAUGAAAAAUCAGAAUUAUUGGGAAAUGUGUUCCUUCAGUGAAGGAGAAGCCAGUAAAAUUGCAAAUGAAUAUCCGGAAGACUUUGUCAAUUAUAAUAAGAGAUUUCUGUCUCGAAUAUAUCCGAGUGCCAUGAGAAUAGAUUCCAGUAAUGUAAACCCACAAGAUUUUUGGAAUUGUGGUUGCCAGAUAGUGGCCAUGAACUAUCAAACACCUGGGCCAAUGAUGGAUUUACAUACUGGAUGGUUUCUACAGAACGGGGGAUGUGGUUACGUCCUUCGACCUUCUGUUAUGCGAGAAGAGGUGUCUUACUUCAGUGCAAACACAAAAGGCAUAGUCCCAGGGGCCUCACCACAAGUUCUACAUGUCAAAAUCAUCAGUGGACAAAACUUCCCAAAGCCCAAAGGAGCCUGUGCCAAAGGCGAUGUCAUAGAUCCCUAUGUGUGUCUAGAAAUCCAUGGCAUUCCUGCAGACUGUACAGAACAAAGGACUAAAACUGUUCAGCAAAACAGUGAUAAUCCUAUUUUCGAUGAGAGCUUUGAGUUUGAGAUCAACCUGCCAGAGCUUGCCAUGAUUCGCUUCGUAGUGUUGGAUGACGAUUAUAUUGGUGAUGAGUUCAUAGGCCAAUAUACUAUCCCCCUGGAAUGUUUACAGUCAGGCUAUCGACACAUACCUCUGCGCUCCUUUGUAGGGGACAUCAUGGAGCAUGUUACACUUUUUGUGCACAUUGCAAUAACCAACCGAAGCGGUGGAGGGAAGGCCCCAAAGCGUAGCCUGACAGCAAGAAUAGGAAUGAAAACUAGAGACUAUACUAUGCUGAGGAACACAAGCCUUAAGAUUAUCGAUGAUAUCUUUAAGCUAGCGGUGCACCCAUUGACAGAGGCAACUGACUUGAGGGAGAACAUGCAGAAUUCCAUUCUCUCUGUAAAAGAACUUUGUGGCCUCCCACCAAUUACCAGUCUGAAGCAGUGCAUUUUGACCUUGGUUUCACGGCUUGUGAACAGCGACAGUGUCCCCUCAGUGGCUCUCUGCAUGAAGGACAACUUUCCUUAUCUAGAACCGUUGGGAACUCUGACAGAUGUGCAGAAGAAAGUUCUAGCUGCUUAUGACCAGAUGAUUCAAGAGAGCAAGUUUCUUGUAGAAACAGCAGACACUGUUUAUGACAAAAUCAUUCAGUGCCAGAAAGCAGGGAUGGAGCUCCAUGAAGAACUUCAUAACUUGGGAACAAAGGAAGGCUUGAAAGGAAGAAAACUCAGCAAAGCAAUUGAGAGUUUUGCAUGGAAUAUCACUGUGCUGAAGGGACAAGGGGACCUCCUGAGGAAUGCCAAGAAUGAAGCCUUAGAGAAUAUGAAGCAGGUCCAGCUGGCUUGUUUAUCGUGUGGACUGAGCAAAACUGGAAGUGGGAUCUUGGAUGCCAAGGCCAAGCGAGGUCUUGAGGCAAUCAAAGAAAAAGAGACAAGCGGCGAGAAUGCCAGGCUCUGAACCAAGCCAACGGUGUCAUAUAUUUCAAUAGUCCAAAAUUAUUUUUUUAACACAUUAAAAAAGAAAGAAAGGAAGGAAGGAAGAUCGCACUAGAACACCCGCUACAGGGCAUCGGAAGUAUUAAAAUCCUCACAGUGCCAGUGUUUUACUGUUGUUAAUUUGCCUAAAUUUAAACUCUCUGGCAGUGACAUUCUAAUAAAUUCCAGCUUUCUGUGGGUCUAUUUGUGUGGGGAGAUCCUCUAAAUCUUGCCAUGAAUUACAUUAUUGUCUUUUUCCUUAUUUAUUACUGUAUAAUUCUGAAGACUUAUGUGGACAGGGAAAGGCAGUACAUACCACUUUGGGUUUAUACUUUGCUCCACCAGCUUUUGACAGUGUGCUGUUUCAAGUCUGUAAUACAGGUUCUACCAGCAAAACAAACAAAAGACAGAAAAAGAACUCUGUCUUUUAUUAGUGUGGAUUAAUAAUGGAUUCCUCAGCAUAGAAGAAUGAUAAAUAAUUAAUUUUCUCAUUAAAUUAAGUUGAUGAAUUAUUAAACACUUUCUCUUUUUUUAAAUGGAAGCCAGUAGGAUUUCUGAUGUACGUACAUUCCAUUGACUUUUGCUAAUCACGAUUUGAAAUGCAUUCAUCUAAUGCUUAUUAAUGGAAUAAAUUGGUCACUUUAUUUAAUUCAGAAAAGUGGCCAGAGUUCAGUCUGAGCUCUACAAAAUAAGUUAUAGCUCUGGACAAAAUGAUUCCAGGCUUUGGUUAUGAAAUGCAAGUUUAUAGAAUGGAACAGAUAAUACAGAUAAUUUAGUAAUGAUGAAAUAUUUCUCACUGCCAUUAGCUGAAAAAAGGUAAUACAAACAACAAACUCAAGAUUAAAAGAUACCUUAAUUUUGCUUUUUCAUUCAUACAAAGAAAUCUGCACAAGUCACAUGAGCAAAAAGUGCAUCUCGUGAUAGGAUGCCAAAGCAUGGUCUUAAUUCACAGAAGUUACUCCUCCAGCUCUGCAUACCAGGCAGAGUCAUAUGGAAUGGCAGCCUCUCGGUUCACUGUGAGAGAUGAUGUAUAAAUUACAACACCCUACACAUUCUCUAAGCACCGCCUUGUAAUUGUUGAGCCUUUGUGCUGAGGUGUAUGUAGUUUUUUUCAGUAUUUGCCAUGUUUCCUUAGUUAUCCUAUUGUGAGAAUACUUUCACAUCUUUGAAGUAUAUCAUGAGAAACAAUGCUAAGAUAGGCACAUAACAGUCUUCUUUUAUCAACUCCAGGGGAAAUUAAUGCAACCAAACUGAACUGAUUAACAUGGGAUAGGCAGAUUGGAGCUGAGUAGGUGAGUUGAAGCUGCCACUUGACUACUGAAUAGAUACCACAUGAUCCUAUUCACCAUGUUACUAAGUGGAGCACCAUGUGCAUUGAUGUUGUUAUAUAAUGUUUAACAUUUUUAUCACAAUGCCAAAAAUGAGUCACAUGGGUGGUGCAGCACAGAGGAGUGAAUUGCUAGCUGUGUUUAUAGUGAGUCAGGCACAUAGUGAUCCCCAUUGUCCCUUCCUGUUUGCCCAGAUCUCACUUUUGUCACAUCGAUUUCAUUGUGUGAGUUUUACCACAGAUUUGAUAGGCUGGAAAUGUGAAACAUUGUAGAGAGUAAGAGUUAGAAAAACUGAAUUGUUACCAAAAAUUCUCAGCAUGUUGCAUAAAAACUUUGUCUGAAUGUUGAAAAGAAGACAGCUGUAUUCUGCUGUUGUCUUCUUUCCCAGUGAAGCUGAAAGGCAGAGAGAAGCAAGAAUGCCUCCAUGUUACUCCCCUUCACAGUGCCUGGCUCAAAUCCUUUAGCAACGUUUGUGUAUUUCAGAUUUCUCAAAGCUUCAAUACGUAUUUGCAUUACCUCUGUUAGAAGCAAGAGUUCUGUGAAUAGAAGAGAUUGUAUUUAUUUAAAGCAUUGCUUUUAUUUUGAAAAGCUACCUUUUAAUUAAUUUGAUUAACAAAUGUGCUGAUUUUUCUCAAUAUAACAAAAGGCCAAUUGUUGAAAGUUUGUCUGAAAUUAUUAUAUGCAUUAAGUUAUUUUUUUUUCUGAUUUCUUAACAACACUACUAUGUUCAUAUUGCACAUUUCUGAGAGAGUAAAGCUAUGGGGGAAAAUGA